CGAGCUCGUGUCUGUGUACCGGCCGAGUCCACAGCGAAGUGUGAUAUGGGAAAAUCGUGGGAACUGGACGGUUGGGAAUGGAUUACGAAUGAGGACUUUCGACGCGGCUUCGGCGCGAAGACGGAAUCUACAACAGACGGAGCUUAAAUCCUGUCUCGUGCUCACCAAUCCUGACACGAUCAAUCAUCUGACCGAUUUUGAGGAGAAAACCGUAGAUCCCGUCACGAAGGCUAGCUAUCCUUGGAUAUUACACUUGGUAAAUCGGAUGAAUGCGACGGUAAGCUUCAACAUUACGGACAGCUGGGGAUAUCGCGGAGAGAAUGGAUCCUGGAGUGGAAUGAUCGGGAUGCUGGAACGACGCGAGAUCGACAUCGGCGGCACCACCACGUUCUUCAUCUCACAACGUAUCGGCGUUGUGCAAUACAUCCAAUUGUACACGCGCACCCAGUCGGCCUUCGUGUUUCGACGGCCGUUGCUGUCGACCGUGAAAAAUAUAUUCGCCUUACCUUUCCAACGGGACGUCUGGAUAGCGAUCGCCGUCUUCCUCUUCUUAGUCUUCUGCUUGCUAUACUUAUCUAUGAAAUGGGAGCAUUCCCGAGGCGCGUCACCAAACUCGGCGAGCUACUGGAGUCAAUUCAAUUCCGGCAAGCCGACGGUCGGCGACAAUUUUCUCGUCCUCCUGGGCGCGUUUGCCCAACAAGGAUAUGCUUACGAGCCAUACAAAGUCUCCACACGGAUCGUCACUCUUAUGCUGCUGGUGGCAUCGCUGAGCCUUUACGCUGCUUACACAGCAAAUAUCGUGGGCUUGUUACAGUCUACCACGGAUUCCAUUCAAACUAUUCCGGAUCUUCUGCACAGCCCAUUGAAGCUAGGUGCACAGGACGUCGUGUACAAUCAUCACUACUUCAAGGCUUUUCAAGAUCCCGUCAGGAAGGCGAUUCUGGAACAAAGGAUCGAGCCGAAAGGACGCAAGCCGAACUGGAUGACUUUGGACGAAGGCGUACGUCGCGUAAGAAACGAGCUAUUCGCAUUCCACGGCGAGACCGGCACGGUGUACCAACUCAUGCAAGACACAUACUUGGAGGAGGAAAAGUGCGGCAUCACUCAGAUUGAUUACUUGCACGUUCUCCAACCGCUGCUCGUGAUACAAAUGCAAUCGCCUUACUUGGAGAUAAUUAAGAAUGGAGCGUUGAAGCUGCAGGAACAUGGACUCAAGCAUCGCGACGAGUAUCGCUUGUACACGGAGAAGCCGGUGUGCGCGAGUCAGACCAGCUUUAUCACCAUCGGUUUCACGGAAUGCUAUUUCGCGCUGGUUAUAAUGGGCUACGGGAUGCUGCUCACCGCGGUCAUGUUUGCACUCGAGCUGCUGUGGCACAAGAAAUCCACCGUGCACUCGGGCAGCUCCUCGACGCAAGUCGCCGGACUGCCGGCGAAACGAGUGAAAGACGGUACGAUAGUCUCCGGUGACAACACAAUCGAAUUAUCGAGAAAGAUGUCGAGCAAUGGUUUGAUUCAUGCCAUUCGCAAUUCCUUUGAGAAAUUUGACCGAAGGAUUCAUGACAACUUGGAACAUCGAAAUCUGUACGCGCUGGACUUGCAUUGUAAUUAUGCCAUCGAGAUUUUACGAAAGGCACAUUCGGAAAGGAUGUUCAUCGGCCCGACCAAGUGGUUACUCCUACAAGAUCGAAGGACAUCGAUCGAGAACGCUAAUUUAACCGCCACACACAACAUUUCGAUAUCGGAGAUCUUUGAAGAUUUGGCCGUCUAUCCCGACAGCGAUAUGAUCCUCGCUCAAAGGCUCGACGAUAACUUUAUCGAACUGACGUCCGUGUAUCGGCCGAGCUCGCAGCGAGGUGCGAUAUGGGAAAAUCGUGGGAAUUGGACGGUCGAGAACGGAUUACGAAUGAGGACCUCCGACGUGGCCUCAGCACGAAGGCGGAAUCUUCGACGGACGGAGCUGAAAUCUUGCCUCGUGUUAACGAAUACUGAUACGUUAAAUCACCUGACUGAUCUCGAAGACAGGCACAUAGAUACCAUCACAAAGGUUAAUUAUCUUUGGAUACUUCACUUGGUUAACCGGAUGAAUGCAACGAUAAGCUUUAACAUCACGAACACCUGGGGAUACAAAGAUGAGAACGGAUCUUGGAGCGGGAUGGUGGGAAUGCUGCAACGACGCGAGAUCGACAUCGGCACUAGCAUUUACUUUGUGGCAGAUCGCUCGAACGUGUUGCAAUACAUCCAAUUGUAUACACGCACUGGCCAGUCCUUCGUGUUCCGGCGACCGUUGCUGUCGACGGUGAAAAAUAUAUUCAUUUUGCCCUUCGAACGAGACGUCUGGAUAGCGAUCGCCGUGUUCCUACUCUUGGUCUUUUGUUUGCUACACUUGUCUAUGAGAUGGGAGUAUUUUCGAGGAACUUCAAAAAUGAGCCAGCCCAAUAUCGGCGAGCCGACAAUGGGCGAUGAUCUUCUCGUUCUUUUAGGCGCGUUCGCGCAACAAGGAUACUCGUACGAACCGUACCGAGUCACGACUCGAAUCGUCACUCUCAUGCUACUCUUAGCUUCUCUCAGCCUUUACGCGGCUUACACGGCAAAUAUCGUGGCUCUCCUGCAAUCCACCACGGAUUCUAUCAAGACUCCCGAGGAUCUCUUACGCAGCCCGUUAAGCUUCGGCGUGCACGAUACCGUGUACAAUCGACAUUAUUUCAAGUCCUUUCAAGAUCCCGUGAGGAAGGCGAUCCUGCAGGAGAAAAUUGAGCCGAAAGGCUGGAUGAGUUUGGAAGAGGGGGUGCGUCGCGUGAGAAGCGAACCCUUUGCGUUCCACGGCGGACGAGGUCCGAUGUACCACAUGAUAGAAGAGACGUAUCAAGAAGAGGAGAAGUGCGGCAUUACCGAGAUCGAUUACCUCAACUUGAUACUGCCGCUUCUAGUGAUACAAAAACAUUCGCCUUACUCGGAGAUAAUAAAGAACGGGGCUCUAAAGCUGCGAGAAUACGGGCUCAAGCAACGCGACGAGCAUCGUAUGUACACGGACAAGCCGGUGUGCUCGAGCCAGACCGGCUUCAUCAACAUCGGUUUCACGGAAUGCUACUUCGCGAUAGUCGCGAUUGCUUACGGAUUGCUCUUCAGCGUAAUCGUGUUUGCGCUCGAGUUGUUGUGGUACAAGAAGUAAGAGAAAGAGAAUUACGUUGCUCGCGCUGUUAUCUCACGUUCCCCCUUAUUUGCAGGCAAAGAAAUCGCGUUUGAUUCGCGCAGCAGUCGCGAAAUGUCGCUGUUUAAGACGAAGGAAUGGUGGCGUACCAGGUGCGGGGUGAACGAGUCCUUCGACAGGCGCAGCUUGCUGGUCGCACCGUUGUUCGACGUCGACAGGAAGGACAUCGUCGUCGUCGGCAGCCACAGCGGCUACCUCAGGAUAUACUGCCCGUCGUCGCAAUGGCUGGACGAGAGCAAGGAGCCGAGCGGCUACAAGUCUUCGGACCUCAUCAUCGAGACGCAGAUCGGCGAGUGCAUCGUCGACAUGAAGGCGGGAAGAUUCGUCUCAGGCUCGCAGGACACCCGACUCGCGAUACUGACACCCACCAAGCUCGCCAUUUAUAGUAUCAUUUUGAGCCAAGGAUCCGUCGACCACGGGGACCGCUGCGACCUGGAAGUCGCAUACGAGCAUCAGUUGGCGCGAUUUCCGGCGUCCUUGACGACGGGCCCGUUCGGCGGGGUGCGGGGCCGGGACUUCCUCUGCGUCCAAUGCCUGGACGGCGCGCUCCUCUUCUACGAGCAGGAGACCCACGCGUUCAGCCUGGUUCUCGGGAAUCGGCUGCUGCCGGAGCCGAUCGUCUACGUUUCGCGGAACGACGUCUUCGUAACGCCGAGCUCCUCGUGGGUCCUCGAAUGCUACAGGCAGGUUCCACCGAGUCAAUGCUCUCGUCAAUGAACACCUGCCGGUGUAACAUACAAAAGCAUGGCGGAAUUUGGCGGCAACAAGGAUCGCGCGGAGGGCCCGAAGCAUCUGGAGCCGGACUGGACUUACAAUAUCGGGGAAGCCGUUCUCGACAUCGACGCCGUCACUCUGAGCAGCUUCGAAGUAGGGAUCCUCGUGCUCGGCGAAAAGAAUCUCUACUGUCUCAAGGACAAUUGCGUCUCGCUCAAGUAUGCGAAAAGGCUCGAGUACAAGGCCCUCUGCUUUCAGGCUUACGUGAUAGAACCGGAUGGCAAGCUGAUGGUGCUCGUAAUCGCUGACACGAACACCCUGAUGAUUUACGAGGGUACGACUCUCAAGUGGUCGGCUCAGCUGCCUCUCGCUCCGGUCGCCGUAACUCGAGCACAUUUUCAGCACUUAUACGGCAUACUCGUCGUUCUCUCCGAGGAAGGCCAGCUGGAGGCUUGCUACUUGGGUUCCGAGCCGUCUUUAUUUAUCGCGCCUCCUCUUCAUCGACGCGGUUACGAUUACGUAGCCGCCGAAGAUGAGCUCAUGGAGCUCCGCAAGUUGGCGAAGAGAAAUAAGGCUUCCGGCAAUCAGCUGAGCGACGUCAACUUGGACGCCGAACUGAUCGUGUCUGUGACGAUAUCGCCAGACUUGGAACCCUAUCCGCGCAUAAAGCAGGACGACGCUAAGGACGAGUCGGCGGAUGGUCGUAACUUUAUGUGCAGGAUCACCAUAGAAUUAUCAUCAUACACGACGCUUCGCGACGUUCAAGUAUGCAUCGAAGUCUCGAGGCCGUUCGUCGCCGAGAAAGAUUGUCACGUUAUUGCCAAUCUUUGUAACCGUCAAACGCUGCACUCGACGAUCCACGCGAACGUGGACUUGCCGGCGAUGUCGUCGGACGUGAGAAUCACGGCGAGCUACGAGACGGAUCGUGGGAGCCUGCGCGUACUUCAGAAGACGGCCCAACUGCCCCUGAAGAUGAUGCUGAGGGCCUGCCCACCCGAGAACACGUCCACCUUCACGGCAACCAUCAAGUGCAGCGAGCCCCUCGUGGCUUUUAGCCAGCUGUUUCCCGAGCUUACAGGGGACGUACAACGGCAAAAUUGGAACGUGCUCGGGCUGCAGCACGUGCAAACCGGCAGCGUGGUGACAAUCGUUUCCGGUGCUACUAGCAAUCGGUACCGAGUGCAAUCGAACGACGGGCUCUCGAUAGCCUUGGUGGUUCAGCAGCUGCUGAAUAGGCUCAAAGACAAGGCCACUGGAAACUUUACGACCACCAUCGCGCAUAAUCACGUACAGUUGGUCCAGUCGCAAAUGGAGGCGCACUUUCGCAGUCGGCAGGAAGCCGACAGAAUCGCGAACGAGAUCGGGCUGCUGUCGACCCAGUUGAGAAACAUCGAGAGGAAGAUGCUGCGCGCCGUGAGGGAGAGGAACACCCGGUCUCUGGCCGCGACCGGCCUGCCGUUCCUCCUGGAGUCGACCUAUCGCGCGAUCUUCGCGCUUCUGGAGGAUCUCGCGAUCGCACGAGCGGAACGCGAACGCACCGGCCACGGCUUGCAGUGCGCGGUGAGGUUACUGCUCCUGCUGUUGCAGCUCAAUGUAAACGACGAUAAGUACGCGAUGCUCGAAGCCGCGAUCGGAUUCGAGCCGCAGCUGCGCGACGAGCUCGACUGGGAGGAAAUCGCCGACGCCGGCGUGAGCGCCUUACUUCGGUUCACGUCGCGAAAAUCCGGCCACCUGGACGCGAAACCCGCUGCGUUGAGCAAGAUGACUUCCGUCAAGGAAUUCGCGAAGCUGAAGAAGCGCCUGGUGCACGCGGUCGAACGUCUCGACAGCUGUCGGGAGGUAGCCGAUCUAGCCGAGAACGAACAGCUGGAAGCUGCUGCCUCUUAAACCGCGUUCCCCUCACGACCGAAGUG